AUGGCCACGGUCGGCAACUUCAGCGUACGUGUCCCAGUGUCGACGGGCUCCGUCAAGACAAUCAAGUGCACUGGUGAAGACUGCCCGUUCUUUGUCACACUGCACCGGCGGGCUGUGACGACGCCGUGGUUCGUCCACGCAAUGGUGCUCGAGCACGUCAACUGCACCUCAACGCGCAAGCCGACGGCCCGGCAACUUGCUGCGAUGACGACCGUCCAGUCUACCAUCCGCGCCAACCCCAAGAUCCGAAUCAAGGCCAUCACGACAGAAGUCCAAGGCAACGACGGUAUCAACCUCCAAGCCAAGGCGACUCAGUACAAGCUGUACCGAGCUCGGCAACUACUCUACGUCGGGGUCGACGGCGACGGCAAGACCGUUACGCUCGCCAUUGCCCUCGUCGAGGGCGAGACGAGUGACGACUAUACGUGGUUCUUCUCGCACAUCCAGGCCGCGGGCUUGCUCUGGGACGUGCCCGUUUUUGCCGACCGCAGCUCGGGGCUCUUGAGCUCAGUUGAGUCGACGUGGCUGCACUUUUGA